AUGACUACUCGUCCGCGACAUACAAAUUACUCCCCUCAGUCUUCGAUAAUAACGCUUUACGAUACGAAUGUUCAGCAUGGGUACACUCCUCAACCGUGGGCUCCUAAUAUAUGGCGUGUCCGAGUUUCCAGAUUCAUCCUCAACUACAAACGACUGCCAUAUAAGACAAUCUGGGUUGAAUUUGCAGAUGUGGAAGUCACUCUACGCAGUAUAGGUGCUCCUCCGAGUGCUAUGAAAAGUGAUGGUCUCCCGCUAUAUACUCUCCCGGUUCUGGUAGACCCUACCAAUAUACCGUAUGCUCCGGUGAUAUUGUCUAACACUAAUAACAUCUCGGAGUAUCUUGAAUCGACAUACCCAUCGCCUGCUGUAUUCCCGGCGGGAUCGCGCGCCUUGCAGUCCUUGUUUGUCCAUUAUAUACAGGAGUUCUUUGCCAAACCCCUACUUCCUAUCAUGGUCCCUAUGAGCCAUCAACACCUGUCUGAUCGUAGCCAACGCCAUCUUCGCAACUAUCCCAGCUCGCUCUCUGCCGCGUAUAACCCUCAAGGCCACUCGUCGAGCCAUCCAUUGCCUUCCGGACCGCAAAGAGAGCAGGCUUGGCUUGCCGUUAAAGAGCAAUUUGACUUUAUCGAUGCCAUCAUGGCAAAGAAUACUGGGGAUGGGGAUGGAAUAGUUGUUAUGGGGCGAGAGGUGACUUACGCUGAUUUCGCCCUAUGCUCAGUGCUAUUAUGGAUAGUGCGUAUUGCCCCGCAAGACUGGGUCCGAGUGCGAAAUUGGAACGGAGGACGUUGGGAGAGGCUGUGGGAGAGGUGCAAGCCUUACAUGCAGGAGCACUAG